CCGAACGCCAUGGAGAAUUACCCUCCUUCAAAGCGCCUGCGACGCAACACCAAAAGGUGCUAUGAAUGCAAGAGGCGCAAAGUAAAAUGUCAAUUGGCCUCCGAGGACGUGGCAACUUGUUCCGAGUGCCUUCGCACUGGCGCCCAGUGCACUCUACAAGCGCCAGAGACUGGUGAAAACGCAUCAUCGACGACCUUGUUCGACUACGAUGGACGACUCGAGCGCAUAGAGCAAAUGCUGCGCACUUUGAUUGAUAAUCAAGAGUCAUUCAAAUUACGUCCCAAAAAUGAAAAUGAUUUACAGCAGCCAUCGAAUUGGGAUGAAUUUUUGAACCAAGACUUGUUUUCAGAUCAUUUUGGCAUACCAACGCCUCUGGGAUUAUCGACGCCUCAGGAACAAUGUACCAAGGCCCAUCAGGUGCAGCUGCCACUGCUUAGAUACAACGACGAGACAGCCAAGCAGAUCCUUCUUGAACUUCUCCCAUCACAAGAGGAUGCCAUCAGUAUAACAAAUCAUUCUGGAGCGUGGGCAAUGGAGCUUCCAAACCCACCCGGAGCAGUUUGGAAACUCGGAGACAGUUCGCCGGUUCGCGAUGUCAAUGCUGCUGCUCAAUUCAGUACCAUGGGAAUAGCAAAAGCGAUUUUGUUUUUUGCUUUGAGUAUUCAGCAAUUACCCCCUGAUUUCAAGACGGGUCAGCUGCAGAUGGACGAUGUUGAUGAUCACGUCCGGCGGUAUACCCAAGUUGUGGGCACCUUGGUCCUAGCUCAUGAAGAGAUGUCCUGUUCCCCCGAGGGCUUGGAAUGCCUGCUGCUCUUAGGAAUGAUCCAUAUCAAUGAAGGCGAUCUCAAGCAGGCCUGGAUGAAGUUCAGGAGAGCCCUUGAUGUCGCUCGACUUCAGGGAUUUCAUAAGAGCUAUGAGCCUUCCGUACGCCAGUCUCAAGAUCUGGCAUUUCAACGUCGAUUAUGGCUUUCAUCUAACAUGGGAGAUGGUUUCUGCAGUUUGAUCCUCGGCUUUGAGACUGGAGCUACGCAGCCAUUUGGCCCAGAAUACUCCUGGGAUGAUCCAUGCGCAGACGGAAAUGCCAACUUCCAACGUCGGCUGUGCAUGGUAUCAUCCCAGUUGAGUCAAAGAAACGUGUUCGGACUUCAACAUAAUCUCGAAGAGGCAAAAUCAAUAAAUGCGGCUAUUGACGGGCUGCAGAAAUCCAUGCCAGCCUCAUGGUGGCAAAGACCCGAUCUUCAUGAAGAACAAUCUUUGAAUUGUGCUCAGGCAUACGAUCGACUCCUGUCUCACCUGUGGUUUUUCCAACUUCGUAUCCUUGCCAACGUUGCUUUUAUAUUUGUACCGGCAACCGAAGCUCAAGGGUAUCGCGAUCUCUGUCUCGAAGCAUCAAAGACGACUCUAUACAGAUACUUGGGUCUUCGUCUGGCUGGAACGACUCGACUUCAUUGCAGAGCGGCCGAAAUUGCCGCCUUUAUUGCAUCACUGGCGCUAAUCCUCGGCCUGAGCAGGGAUAGCAACUCUCAAGUAUCAGAUCCUUCUAGAGCCCUCAAUUCGGACGUCGUCCUAUUGGAGCAAAUCGUUGACUCUCUGGCGGCUUUUGGCCGGAGCUCCAACCGAGAACAUUUGGCUUUGAAGAGCGCCCAGCUACUCACGAGUCUACUGAGAAAACUCGAGAUGGGAGAUUCCAUCUCAACGCAUCCGGGUGAAAAGAGAAAGGCUGUGGAGUCUACAGGCCCUCAUCCGACAACUCGCAGGCAAGUAGGCUUGCACAUGCUUUUACUUGACUCGGUGAAGAACGCUCUUGGAAACCAGCCAGCCACGCAUAUUCUCGACAUCGAUGACACCAUAUGACUUGAUGUUGAAGUAAAGUACUUGACCUGGAGAUGCAGAAUUAAAUACCGUGAUAGUUUCCAUCUUACUCUGGUCUAUAGACCGUCUUCUCGAGAAAGGUCUAACUCGUCAUAAUCAUAAAUCAAACUGAU